GCAGAACCUGGUCUUCUGCUGAGGCAGAGCCACACCACAGUGAACGAAAUGCAGUAUGUUUGGGUGGUAUUACUGUUCCUCCCCAGCGCACUUUCACAGUCUACAGGGAGGUUCAGGGUGGUGGUUCCAGAAGCUCCUGUUUCCAGUGUUUCUGGUUCUGAUGUUGUUCUGUCGUGUUCUGUACGAGAGUUUGAUCGUCCGAACAUCCUGGUGAACGCUGUGGAUCUGAACGUUACUUGGUCCAGAUCAGACCUGAAUAAUUCACUGGUUCAUCUCUACGGGAAUCAUAAAGAUCUAAACACAGAUCAGAUUCCUUCUUACAGAGGAAGAACCGCUGUGUUUAAAGAGCAGCUGAAGAAUGGAGACGUCUCACUGAAUCUCUCCAACGUUCGGAUUACUGAUGAAGGAGAAUACACAUGCAGAGUUGACUCUACGACCUGGAAGAGUGAUAAAACUAUUAAACUCUCAGUUAAAGAGUUUGUACCCAGUGAAACUGGUAAAACUGAUGGAAUUGCUGUUGGAAUUACCAUUGUUGUACUUUUACUCAUGGCUGUCCCGGCUGGAAUCCUUUUUCACUUCUAUAACGAAAAAAAGAAAAAAGAGGAAGAAAUCGAGAAUGAAAAAAAGAAAAAAGAGGAAGAAAUCGAGAAUGUCACAUCAUUACUGUACUCAGACAAAGACGGUCAUCUCCAACACCACAACCUCUCUCCACGUCAGUGGGAUUAUGUGGAGGAAACUUUACUGAAGUCUAAAGAGGAACUGAAAGAGUUUAAUCUGAGAAAGUAUGACCCGUCAGAGAGAGGAGUUGAGAAGCUGCAGAAAGUGAUCGCAUCAUCCGAAAAAGCUCUGCUGAAACAGUGUAAUCUCACAGAGAAAAGUUGUGAGGUUCUGGCCUCAGUACUCAGCUCAGAGAACUCACUGACCGAACUGGACCUGAGUUUAAAUAAACUGCAGGAUUCAGGAGUGAAGAAGCUCUGUGAGGGACUGAAGAGUUCACACUGUAAACUACAGAAUCUGAGGCUGGAAGAAUGUGAUCUCACAGAGAAAAGCUGUGCAGUUCUGGCUGAAGUUCUCCAAUCAGGGAACUCUAAACUGAUAGAGCUGCACCUGAGUGAGAAUAGAGGACUGAAAGAUUCAGGAGUGAAGAAUCUCUGUAACGGGCUGAAGGAUAAAAACUGUAAACUGGAGAAACUGUGGCUGAAACAAUGUGAUCUCGGAGAGAAAAGCUGUGUAGAUCUGGCCUCAGUUCUCAGAUCAGAGAACUCUAAACUGAUAGAGCUGAACCUGAGUGAGAAUCCAGGACUGAAAGAUUCAGGAGUGGAGAAACUCUGUGACGGAUGGAAGGAUAAAAACUGUAAACUGGAGAUACUGAGGCUGGAAUACUGUAAUCUAACAGAGUACAGCUGUGUAGAUCUGGCCUCAGUUCUUAGAUCAGGGAACUCUAAACUGAUAGAGCUGAACCUGAGUCAGAAUAGAGGACUGAACGAUGCAGGAGUGGAGAAACUCUGUGAGGGACUGAAGAAUGAAAACUGUAAACUGCAGAUACUGGGGCUGGCUGAAUGCAGUAUUACGGUUAAAGGCUUCACUGCUCUGGCUUCAGCUCUACACCCCUCAUCACCUUUAGAAGAGCUGGAUCUGAGCAGAAAUGAACUAAAAGAGUCAGAACAGAAGCUGUUACCCGUGCUAAGGACUAAAUUUCCUAAACUGAAAGUGAAGCUGGCUAAAUGCAGUGUUACAGAUGAAGGCUGUGCUGCUCGAGCUUCAGAAAACCACUCAUCACCUUUAAAAGAGCAGGAUCUGAGCAGUAAUGACCUAAAAGAGUCAGAACAGAAGCUGUUACCCGAUGAUGAUACAUUUGUCUAAUCUGAAAGUGAAAAUCUGAAUCUCAAUGAGGAUAUUUUACAUGGAAAAAAGAUGGAUAUGAAGCCUACACACACACACACACACACACACACACACAAUGUGAUUCUUGUAUUGUGUUCUUGGUCAAAAGUUAAACACCUGGAGUGACAUGGUUUGUAAACCAACCCCACAUGUUUGAAGAUGAACCAACAUUGAUGGGGACUGAAUGGCAUCAGGGUUAGUCAGCAACAAUGACCCCUUCCUCAAGUCACCUGAAAUAAUGAAGUGUAGAUACUGUAGAUAUGUUCAAACUGUAUGGUUCCAGUUGUAUCUGUCUUGGAUAAGAUUAGGAUUAGGCAGGAAGUGAAGAGUCAUUUGUAAGAUAGCUAGCUAACUGUGAUGGCUAGAGAAGUGGGACAGAACAUCUUCAAAACAUCAGGCAGGUCUUGUGAGAUGUUUCCAGUAUCACAGUGGUGUGAACAGCAGUUCAGUAUUAAUCCGCUUUAGUUUAGAGAAGUGUGUUUAAGUUUAGGUGAGCU